AUGUCGAGGAGGAUGCUUCCACCUGGGCCUUUAGAUGCGAAAGGGGUCUACAAUUUAGAGGAGGCAGACGGUGCAGCAUGUGACAAGACUGCUGUUACUAUAACCUAUAUGUGUAGAAAACGUGUUGUGGCGGGUUCUGGGGGGUAUUCGGAUCGGUCCAUUUGCCUGAUUGCCCAAAAGCCUAGAUUACAGGCCUGGCUCAUAUUUCAUUUAAUAUAUAUAUUAUGA